UGCUGAUCCUACUGAUCCUCGUUUUGAAGCUUUUGUUUCCAAAUCUUUUCUUGUAUUCAUCACUUUGAUAUCUGAGGCUUUGCGUUUUAUUCCUAUAAAAACGAAGUUUCUUGGUGCUAUUGAGUCUGAUGAGGACGAUCCUCAUUAUUCCUUUCGUUUGACUACUUUUGAGAGUGAGAUGGAGAUAAAGUGGGCCACGUUUUCGAGACUAUGUAUGGAGCAGUCAUCGGCAACGGCACGCUUGAGCCGCCCGGUCGUGUUAAAUGAUUUCAAGAGUCCUGAUAGGAGAAACGCAAUUCAGAGUUAUGAAACUGUUCAACAAGUGUUAGAAAUUGUUGAUAUUUUCAAACCUGAAAGUGUUGAUCAAGGAGCAGAAGGUUCCAAGAAAUCUGCUAGGGCUGGACAGGGAACUCGAAAAGGGGCUGAAAAGGGUUCUCCAAAGGGGGGAAAGAGACGUGGAAGAGGUGCAGGGAAAGGCAUCUCAAUUGGCUGAUAAUGGUGGCAAGUAAAUA